AUGGACCUGCCUCUACGGCUUGCAAAUCUCUUUCGCACCCUUCAUACACGAACGAUCGACAUACGUGCGAGCUAUCCGGCCUCGCAGCCACCACCAGACCAUGUCGACGAGAUUGCCAUUGCGACCCUGUACUUGAUGGUGAUGAUGAUCCUGGCCGUGGUGAUACGUCUCGCCUUUCGCCUAUACAUGCUCCGCUCGCUGCAAUGGGAUGAUGGAAUUGUUUCUCUUUCCCUGGUCUUUGCGGUUGCGCAAUGUAUAUCCAUCCUUGUGGGGACUAGACACGGUCUGGGGAAGCGAGAGUCGGCCUUGAGCGACAAACAAGUGCAUAUACUCGAAAAGGCCCUUUAUGCGGCAGAUCUGUUCUACGUUCUGGCUCUGAGCCUCGCGAAAGUCUCGGUCCUGCACCUCCUGAACAAGCUCACUGUCAACAAGGUCCACAAGCAAAUAACCUGCUGGACAUCAAUGUUUGUGGGCAUCUGGACGGUACCUGUGUUUUUCGCUUUGGUAUUUAAAUGUGGAGCACCGAAUCCAUGGGAUACCAGUCAAGGCCAUUGCAUUCAUAUCUUCAUCUUCUGGGCCGCCAUCGCCCCCAUCGACAUCAUCACCGACCUCUUAAUCUGCAUCCUCCCAAUUUACAUCGUGAAGCCCGUCCAAGUCGUCAUCGGCAAAAAGGCCACCGUCGUCUUCGCCUUCUCCAUCCGCAUCUUAAACCUAACUCACUUCCCCAGCGUCAUAAUCACUAUGAUCAUCCGGCUCAUCUUCCUCCGUCAUGCCCCUCCCUCCCCCGACGUCUCCGACGCCGCCUUCGCCACCAUUAUCACCACCGAAUGCGUCCUCUGCGUCAGUCUCAUGACCGCCUGCAUUCCCUGUCUCAAACCCUUCCUCGAUGCGUUCGACAGCGGCAUGCUCAACAUCUCUCUCCAUAAGCGUAUCGGCGGCGGUAGUAACAGUAACUCGUAUGGCAACUCCUAUGCCUUGACGAGUAUGUCCAAGGGGGUCAAAGAGUCGGCCACCCAUUCCCGGUUCAUGGAGGAUGAAGUCGAGGGGUUGGGAACCUCGGCGGCUGCGUUUGCGGUUACGCCGCCGGGGGUGCCGUUUACUGGGAGGAAUUCGGGCCUGGCAAUUCAGAGGACGGAUCAGUGGAGUGUGAGAUGUGAGUAUGUGGAUCCGAAGGCGGGGUCGAUUGAUGAGACUGAGGGGGAGGAGAGCAGUGUGGGGAGGGGGGAAGAAUUCGUUGGGAAAGUUUCUGUGAUGUAG